AUGGCCCCGGCUCGUCCAGAAUCCAUCCGCCCCGGCCUUAUCCACCAGACAGCCUUUGACGUUCUCGAAGACGCUACUGCCAGGAUGCACUUAUACCCUCCUGCUAACAAGGACGGCAACUCCUUCUCUCGCGCCCUCGGCGAACUCGUCAUCAACAAUAGCCAAAACAUCUCCCCCGCCAGGAACGAUCCGGAUCCCAAGCUUCUCAAACCUCAGAUUGAGCAGCACGUUGCGCGACUCCAGCGCCCUGCCUUGAGCGCCCACACGUUUGAGCCACUUGCUGUGCUUGACGAAAACAGUGACACGACUUUUGUGCAGCAGAGAGUAGAGACAAAACACUGCACCAGCGGCCAGACCCUUACUGCUAUAUACACUGCAUCUGAGCCCACACUGCGAGACCAAGUUCAGAAGCAUCUUGCAGCAGAGCCGAGCGCAGGCGACCCGCAUCAGCCACGGUUUCAUGGCUGCAGUCGUGAAUCGAAUCCGGCUAUGCUCUUUGGCUGCAACUUGCUGCACUCUGUCCCGAAAUCAGGAUCUACCCAGCAGCCAUCAGCCCAACAGCAACAAACUAACAGAGUUACGCUUUUAGCAACACCAAUCAGUGCUAUCCAGUCAAAUUUCAGCACCAUGUCUUGGGAUCAACAGAACCCGCCACCACCUUAUGAUGGCCCUGCAUUAAAGGUGCCCGAGGUGGUCAACAUGGUUGAGCAUGCCCUUUCGCCAGCCCUCUCAGGCAUCUCGGACCGUAGUGAAAGUUUUGCCGGGAGCUCUAGAACUGGUUCUUUUUCCGUCCCGCGCAUUGAAGACUCGCUCGAGGAGCUUGAUAGGCUCGAGGAGCAGCUCGAGGCAGUCGGUGCCCUAGCCAAGAUCAAGACAGCAGCGCCCAACGACAAUGUGGUCAGGUCGCCUGCGGCCAAGUCUGCUGUCAGGUCGCCUUCCGUCCAAUCACUGACGCAGCGCACCGCGAUGAUGAGCCUAAACAGCAAGACAAGUGAGCAGUCCCUGCGCCGAUCUGCUUCCAUGACGCUGCGUCAGAAGAAUCACCAACCAGCGACACCUCCUACCAAACUGGCUGAUAGUCCAGUCAGUGGCAGCACUAGGCGUUCGGUACGCUCAACACCAUCUAGAUCGCCAACAAGCAAGUCGACAAAGCAGCCAACGGUUCCCAAGUUCGAGUUGCCCGGCGAGGCUGUCGCUCGUCGAUUGAAGGAGCAGCGCGAGGCUCGCCAGGCUCUUCUCGAAAAGAGUCAAAAGGUCAACGCUGCACCUGCCAAGCCGCGCGGCGUGACGAAACCUUCUUUUGAGUUGCCUGGUGAAGCUAUUUCUCGCAGAAAGAGGGAGCAACACGAAGCGAAGCUGCGGGCUGAGGAAGAAGAAAUGCGAAGGAAGCGAGAAUUCAAAGCCCGUCCGUUUCGCAAUAGCAGUGCACCGGGUGUCACACCUCGCGAGACCAUUGCAAGCCGUGCAAGACAGGUGAAGCUACAAGAGGAUGAAGCCAAGGCCAGGGCAGCGGCAGCAGCUGCCACAGUCCGGGGCAAGAGACUGUCAGUCAUUCCCAACGGACAAGCAUCUGUGGCACCCGGUACCGUCAGGAAGACUAGCGCCCCGACUGCCGGCCAGAGACCUACCUCGUCCUUGAGCACGGCCCAGAAGACGGCGCGACGCCAGAGUACCAUUAGUGAUAUCAGCGCGCCAAGACUGAGACCCCAACCUGCUCAAGAUAUCGGAGUCAAGACUGCCAGGGAGCAAGCUGCUGAACGCUCUAGAGCCGCGAGUCGCGAAUGGGCAGAGAAGAAACGACGCCAGGAGCUGGCACAGAAGGAGGCACAGCGGCGCAGCGUGGUCGGCAGCCAAGUGCGGGCCGAAAUGUAG